AUGCUCGCGCGGGAUGGUUUGGUUUUCGUGUCCUAUGUCUCGGACGGCUUUCACGAGUUCGCGUUGAAUUGGCUGAAGUUGUUGCGCAAGGCCAAGGGAGCGCAGCCGAACGAAAAGGAUGAGAACAUCGUCAUGCUCGCUCUGGACGAAGCCACGGAGCGAUUUUGCGAGCGGCACUCCAUGCCAUGUUUUGGGGGCGCGAAUUAUAGGUACAAAGGAGGGGUCAUGGCCACCGGAGGCACGGCGCUCGGCGACGCUUCCGGCGCGCGACAGGCGGCGAGCGUGGCAGAAGCCGCCAAGGCGAUGCGCGAAAUGACGACGCUGCGGGUGAAGCUCUUGCUCGAUCUUCUCGACCGUGGACACGAUGUAUUAGUGAGUGAUGCUGACGUGGCUUGGUUGAGAGAUCCCAGGGAAUGGAUGCGCGAGGCGAUGACAGACGUCGACGUCGCCGCGAGCACGGAUUGUCUCAACGCUCGCGACGACGACGAAGGAAAGUGUUGGGGAGCGCCGACAAACACGGGGAUUCUUUACUUUAACGCCACGGAGCCGGCGAAAAAGUUCAUAGCUGAUUGGGUCGAUGGGAUGGAAAAAGCCACGGAAGAUACCACGGAGAGAGACCAAGAGAUUUUCAAUAAACUGCUCAUCAAACGAUCCUCCACAUCGGAAUCGCGCGAGAUCAAAAGGCGCGUGCGCGUGAAACGACUCGAGGGAGGCGUUCAGUUUGCGCUGUUGCCAAUGCGUCUCUUCGCUUCGGGACACACGUAUUUCGUUCAACGAUUACACGAGCGCGAAACAAGACUGGAUGAACAGCCGCUGUGCGCGCACGCAACUUUUCAAUUUUCGCAAGUACACGGCAAACGCCAACGUUUCCGCGAGCACGGUUUGUGGGAUGUCGAAGAGGACGAUUAUUACACACAAGGCAACUUUAUCGCCAUGAGCGAUGAAUUACCGAGCGUCUGGAACGCGACUGGCGUGCAUAAUCAUCUCCUCGCCGCCGCGUGGUAUCGCGCCUCGAUUAGAAACCUUCUAGCGCUCGGUCGAGUGUUGAAUCGUACGGUGAUUUUGCCACGCAUCACGUGCAUGUGCGAUAGGUAUUGGGGCCAUGCGUUACCUUCGUGCGCGAUAGGUUACCUGCAUCCACCGUUCGUAGGAUGUCCGCAGGAUCACAUCAUGAACCUGCCGGCGAUGGAGAAGGGUGGGGCAAACUUUAGAGAGUGGUCGUUUCUCGACAACGCGCGAACGUCAGACGCCAUAAGAAACAGCGUCGCGGAGGUGUCGACAGUAGACAAAGAUUCAGAAGCAAAAUACGCACUCGGUCCGUUUGCGACCGACACGCAGGUUCUGAAAUCUCUAGGCUCUGCCCGAGAGCGAGUGCUCGUCGUCGAUGGUGCGUUGACGUCGUUUUGUGCGUUUGACAGCGAAGCAUCUUCUCCCGCGGCGAAAAGCUUUGAUUCGGAUAUGAACAUCGCGCUAAAAGCGGAAUCUUGGUUUUGUGGUCCCGAGGACGCAAAAGGGGUGAAGUGCGCCAUCGGAUUCCCAGUUCCCAAGCCCACAAGCGAACUCCGCGGCGAAUGCGCCCGUCUUCGGUCUGUUGCGAAAACGUUCAGCUCGCAACCUCAUUCGCUCCUGUCCAACUUCUUCGUGAACUACGGCCAAGACGAUAAAAGUAACGUAUUCGGGAUCCCUAAAGAUAGUAGUAGCGCACGGCAGAACGCAUCUGCGUUCGAUAUCGACUUAGACGACGUAGACACACACCCGUUCGCUGUUGACGAAUAA